AUGGAAAACUACGACUCCCAGUGUCCCUCGCGACAGCGCCUGCGCCUCGCAGCGGCGGGCGCUAAUUGGCCGCCGGCGCCGCCGCCAUUUCGCGCGUUGGCUCAAGGCCCGCCUCGGGCCCAGGCGCAGGAACCCAGCGGCGCCCCGCCGGCCCUCUACAAAGCCACCCAAUCAGCGCCCGCAGCGCACCUGACCGACAGCCGCCUCCGCCAAUCAGCGGCUUCCGCCGCGGAGGCCAAUCGGAAGGCGAGACGCAGCGGGGAGUGUGGCUGUGCGGGUCACGUGGGGAGCGCUCCGCCAAUCAGCGCCGCGCGACGCGGGGUCGCCCCGGCUCCCGCCAAGUACGAGCGGGACGGGCCGGGCGGGACCGGGCCCGGGAGCGGCGGGGGCUGCGCGGGCCGGGCCGGCCUCGGUUCGGCCGCCGCGGUUCGGCCACCGCCGCCAGCCGCGCCGGCCGCCGCCACAGGUAGGGCCGAGCUGGGGGUGCGGUACGGCCCGGCCGGGGCGCGAGGUGUUUCCGGCGGCGGUUGGGCCGCGGGGUGCGCGGGGCCCGCCCGGGGUAACAAAGGCGGCGCCGGAGCCGCCGCUGCGCCCCGGGACUGGGCCCGGGCCCGCCCUGCGGCCUCACUCGCGGAGUCACGGAGCGGUUUGGGUGGGGAAGGAUCUGAAAUCGCACCCCGUUCCAGCCGUGCCGCGGGUACCGACACCCUGAGGGCUCCGGCCCGGCCCUGGGCACUGCCAGGGACCGGGGACAGCCACGGCUGCUCCGGGCACCGGUGCCACGGCCUGCCCCCCUCACAGCCGCCAAAUUCCCCCUCACGUCUCGCUGGGUGCAGCCCCAGCCUCCUGGGGACGCUGUGGCUGCCGGGACCCGCCGGCUCGGGGCUCCUUUGGCUCGGGGGUGUCGGGGGGGCCCCUCUGCCCUCCCUCAGCGGCCCUGGGGGAGCUCUUGGGCUCCUUGCGAACAACCACGGGUGUUGA